UGAUGACAAACAAAAUUUUGACGUGCACUGGACAAACAUAUGAUGUUCAGUGGAUUGUUAGGUAGGUUAACUGGUCACUGGUUUAUUUUGACAUUUGUUUUGAAUGAGUAUGGGCUAUUUAACAAACAACAUUUAAAAUAAAAGAAACACAAGCAGACUAGUUGUGCAGUACCUGGUUGAGCAUAAUGAAUUCACAAUUUAUGCCUUCACAACAAUAUCAAGGACCUCCACAGAAUUUCCCCAACUCUGGUCCACCAACCGGACAACCUGGCUUUCAAAAUGUACCACUGGAUCCCCAAAACCCUGGUCAGGGAAUACACACGCAACAAUCAGGCCAACCUAACAUUCCACCAGGAAAUUUGCCACCGACAUCAAUAAACAAUGGAGCUCCACCAACAGGAAAUAUGGGCCAGUUCCCUCCAAAUAUGGGUCCUCCUGCAGGUCUACGACAAAUACCUUCAAGUCAAUUACCACCUGGAGACCAAAGACCUCCCUCGAGGCCACAGCCAAACCAGUUUCCUCCACCAAUCAACAAACCAGGGGAGCACGGAAACAAUGUUAUUCCAACAGAAUCACAACAAUUUCCAAAUGGAUUGAAUGGAGUGCCGUUUCAGAAUGGACCUGGAUUUGCCAAUCCAACAAAUUUAGGUCCCCAAGCGAAUCCACCAAACAGACCACCAAAUGUCAGCACACCAGGUUCAGCUCAAACACCCUUAAAACCUACUGACAUUAACAGUCAAUUACCUGGCCAACCACCUGUUUCUGGUCAACCACCAUUCUCUGGACAACCACCCUUCCCCGGACAACCACCAAUUUCUGCUCAGCCACCAUCAAUGCAAGGUGUACCCCAAAAUCAACCUCCACCACCUGGGCAGCAUUUGCCCCCACAGUCGAAUCUGCAAUCUCCACAGCCUGGUCAAUUUCCGGGUCAAAAACCACCGGGAGUUGGGCCAGCUGGUCCUGGGGCGCCAAAUCCUAUUCCGGGGGGUUUUAAUCAGCCACCAAUGCCGGGAUCUGGUCAACCACCAAUGCCAGGAUCUGGUCAACCACCAGUGUCGGGACCUCCGGGUUCUAACUUCGCUGGCAACCGGCUUGGUCAACCACCCAUGAGUGGACAGUUGCCCCCGCCAGGACAACCGAUGAAGCAACCAUUGCCGGGGCAACCUCCGGCUUCAGGACAACCACCGUUGUCUGGUCAGCCUCCUGUUUCCGGGCCUCCUCCGUUGUCAGGACAGCCAAAUGUACCUGGACAGUCUUCUAUGCCUGGACAACUUCCUAUGUCUGGACAGUCUCCCAUGCCAGGACAGCCUCCCAUGCCAGGACAACCGCCCAUGCCGGGACAACCUCCCAUAUCAGGACAACCUCCGAUGCCAGGACAGUUACCAAUGUCUGGUCAACAGUCUUUGCCAGGUCAACCCCCUUUGUUGGGACAAAACCAACAAAGAAGUCAAUAUGGGUACACUGGUCAACCUCCCCUACCAGGUCAACAAUCAUUCCCGGGCCAAUAUCCCAAUCAGCAACCUCCAUUGCCAGGUCAACCACCAAUGCCAGGUCAGCCACCAAUGCCAGGUCAACCACCAAUGCCAGGUCAGCAGCAAAUGCCAAGUCAACCAGCAAUGCCAGGCCAACCCCCUCUGCCAGGACAACAAUACAAUCCUAACCAGCUCACUAAUCAGAUGCAAGGCAUGCAGUUGGGUGGCCAACGACAGUAUCGUGGCGCACCCGGAGGUGCACCCAUGAAAAACGGCGAAACUGGACCUCAGAUGCCACCUCCAAUUGGACAACAACAAUAUAUAAACGGACAACAGAUACGCAGUCCCCAACAACCUGGAUAUCCCCCAAUGCCUGGCCAUGGAGGCAUGCCGCCAAGUUCGAUGGGCGGUUAUCCACAGCCGAGCUAUCAACAGCAGCAACAGCAACAGAAUAGGAGGUUGGAUCCAGAACAAAUGCCAAAUCCAAUUCAAGUUACCCAAGAUGAUAAACAUAAUAGAACUGGCGUUUUUGUUACUAACCAGCCAGGUCUGGUGCCUCCAUUGGUAACAACAAACUUCGUAGUCCAGGAUCAAGGAAAUGCAAGUCCCCGAUUUAUGAGGUCCACCAUGUACAGUGUGCCAAUAUCACAGGACAUCAUCAAAAACACUGCAGUCCCAUUCAGCUUGGUAAUUAGUCCAAUGGCUAGGAUUGGUGACCAAGAGUAUGCCCCACCUAUUGUUAAUUUUGGUGAAUUGGGUCCAGUAAGGUGUAUCAGAUGUAAAGCCUACAUGUGCCCAUAUAUGCAGUUUAUUGACUCCGGAAGGCGGUUUCAGUGCUUGUUCUGUAAAGCCACCACAGAUGUUCCCGCGGAAUAUUUCCAACAUCUGGAUCACACUGGGAAGAGGAUGGACAGAUACGAACGACCGGAAUUGGUUUUGGGAACGUACGAAUUUGUUGCCACCUCCGACUACUGCAGAAACAACAAACUACCUAAACCACCAGCAAUCAUAUUUGUUAUAGACGUUUCAUACAACAACAUAAAAUCGGGACUUGUGCAGUUAUUGUGCUCUCAAAUGAAGGAAAUUAUUCAAAACCUGCCAGUUGAUCAAGGCCAGGAAAAGAGUAAUAUGAAAGUUGGAUUUAUUACAUACAAUAGCUCUGUCCAUUUCUAUAACAUCAAGGGUACUUUGGCCGCCCCACAAAUGUUGGUGGUUGGUGACACGCAAGAAAUGUUCAUGCCUUUGUUGGAUGGAUUUUUGUGCACACCGGAAGAGUCCGAAUCUGUUAUUGACGCUCUCAUGCAGCAAAUUCCGACGAUGUUCGGUGAUACAAGGGAAACUGAAACGGUGUUGCUGCCUGCCAUUUUAGCUGGCUUGGAAGCCUUAAAGGCGUCAGAAUGCGCCGGUAAACUCAUGGUGUUCCAUUCGUCUUUGCCUACGGCCGAGGCUCCUGGUAAAUUGAAGAACCGUGAAGACAGGAAACUUCUUGGCACUGAUAAGGAACGUACAGUCCUCACACCGCAAAAUCAAGCCUACAAUCAGCUUGGUCAAGAUUGUGUGGCUGUUGGGUGUUCUGUGGACUUAUUUAUUUUUAAUAAUUCUUAUAUUGACAUAGCAACCAUUGGGCAAGUUUCUCGAUUAACCGGAGGAGAAGUAUUUAAAUACACAUACUUCCAAGCUGACAUAGAUGGAGACAGAUUUAUUAAAGAUGUUAUCACAGACAUAAGCAGACCCAUUGCCUUCGAUGCCAUAAUGCGAGUGAGAACGUCAACAGGAGUUAGACCAACUGAUUUCUUUGGUCAUUUCUACAUGUCGAAUACAACAGAUAUGGAACUUGCAGCUGUUGACUGUGAUAAGGCUGUGGCUGUCGAGAUAAAACACGACGACAAACUCUCAGAGGAGGAAGGAGUCUACAUUCAAGCCGCGUUAUUGUUCACGUCCUGCUCAGGUCAGCGUCGUUUAAGAAUUAUUAACCUGUCACUGAAGACCAGCUCCCAAAUGGCCGACCUAUAUCGCAGCUGCGAUUUGGACACAAUCAUCAACUACGUCGCCAAGCAAGCCACCUACAGACUAUUAGACAAUAAUCCGAAGUCUGUGAAGGACGCAAUUGUGAACAGAGCUGCACAAAUUUUGGCCACUUACAGGAAGAACUGCGCCACACCAAGCAGUGCGGGUCAAUUAAUUUUACCCGAGUGUAUGAAGCUGUUGCCGUUAUACGUAAACUGUUUGUUGAAGAACGACGCAAUUUCCGGAGGAGCGGACAUGACCAUAGAUGAUAGGUCGUUUGUGAUGCAGGCUCUUAUGACGAUGGACGUUCAGACUUCAGUGCAUUUCUUUUAUCCGAGGCUUAUUCCGAUUCACGAUAUUGAGCCGUCGAAUGAAGUGCAAGUACCGCCACAAAUCAGGUGUUCAGUUGAGAAGAUUAGUGAACAGGGGGUUUAUAUUUUGGAAAACGGUAUUCACAUGUUCCUGUGGAUUGGAUUGGGUGCAAGUCCUGAAUUCACUCGUCAAGUAUUUGGUGCACCUUCAGCCAUACAGAUUGAUGUUGAAAGGAGCACAUUACCGGAGUUGGACAAUCCUUUAUCUCUCGCCGUUAGGAAUAUUAUCGAAGAAAUUAGGAUACAGAAACACCGUUGUAUGAGAUUAACAAUUGUAAGACAAAGAGAAAAGUUGGAACCAGUAUUCAAACACUUCUUGGUGGAAGACCGGGGCAAUGAUGGAUCAGCAAGUUAUGUUGACUUUUUGUGUCACAUGCAUAAAGAGAUUAGGUCUCUGUUAAGCUAGCGGUUACGAUAAUUUUAAGGUCGACAUGUAACGGAUGUGGAAUUUGUACUCAGAAUUUUUCUAUUAUAAUACUUAAGUCUUUAAGAUAUAUAUUUUAUCAAAUAAUUUUUGUUCAAUUUUACAAGUCCACAUUCUGUAGAAUACUAUUUUUAAUAGAAAAAUUUUCGUACAAAUUUCAUUGUAAGAUUGUGAAGUAGAAUGUGGAUUUGUAAUUUUAUAAUGCAGUUAUGUUAUUUUUUGUAAUUAUAUUUUAUUGGUGCCCAUUAAAAAUGGUUAUGUAUUAUAAAAAGCAACUAAUAAAACAUGUACGAAUA